AUGGCGAUCAAUCGUGGCAUGAAAGCUCUCGCGCAAGGUUUCGCAUUGAUGCUGAUGGCCAGGGGUGCUCUCGCGGGUGGUUUCGGUCUUGGGGACAUCGGGAAAGCGGUGGAGGCCGUCGGCAAGGACCGCGGCAUCGAGGAAGCCGUGAAGGAGGUCGCCUCGGGGGAGGUGGCGGUCGAAGACGCCGUGUCCCGAAUCGCCAACAGCAGCCGCACGGUCGCCCAGGCUGCGCGGGCCUCCUCCGACGCGGCGGACGCCCUCGGCAGAGCGGCGGCCGGCCCCGCCGGCCUGGGCCCGCAGGCGGGCCAGGCGCUGGGCAGGGCCGCGGGCGGCGAGGUCGCGGAGGCCGUGCGGCACGGGGCCCAGCGGGCGGCGGCGGGCCCCGAGAGGCUGGCGGGGGACGCCAGCCGGGGCGCGCAGGCGCUCGCGGGCGCAGGCGCCCCUCGAGCCGCAGGCGCGCUCGGGGACGCCGCCCGGGGCGCGCCCGCGGCCUCGGCGGCGGCCUCGGCCGCCGUGGGCCGCGACGCCGAGGCGGCGGCAGGCGUCGGGGAGAGGGCCGAGCACGGCCUGCCCGGCGCGGGCGAGCGGCUCCGGCAGACCGCGCAGGGCGCCCUGGGCACGCUGCUCCAGGGCCAGAGCGUCGAGGGGGCUGCGGCGGAGGUCACCAGCUCCGGGAAGGCGCCGGAGGCCAUCGCGAUGGCCGACCUCGGCAGGAUCGAGGACGCUGUGCUCGCGUCCGCGAAGAAGGACCAGACCAUCGCGGAGAUUGUGCGAGGCACUGGCGUCGACGGCAUUGGGGCGAGAGCCGGCGUCGCCGAGCCCGGCCCGAAAUUGGACCAGGCCGUGGGCCAGGCAGCAAUUUUCUUGGAGAGGGAGGGGGCCAUUGCUGGUUCCGUCACAGACACGCGCUUUAGCAGCCUGGUGAAUAAGACGAAGGUUACCGGCCUCGAGGGCUUCUUGAAUUUGGCCAGCGCCGUCAGCCCCAAGCAGGAUACGGUUGUUGCCAAAAGCUCGACCUGGCACGAUUUGGUCGAUGCUGUCAGCGGCGCCAGGAAGGGUGAUCUCGACAGUGCCAUGGCGAACUCCGAGCAAGCCGUGCGGAGCAUCGCGAGUCGCAAAUUUCUAGAGCCGGUUGGUGGGGCUGACGUGGAUGACCAGCCUAGGGGCAGAAGGGUCGUUGGCCACUCUGCGGUGAUAAUGCCCAUCGUCUUGUUCAGCUUCUUCGGUAUCUGUGUCAUGGUAAUGUGCCAAGCCCAUGCCAGAUCGGAUAGCAUGUCUGUGCUAGGUGACGACAGCGAGGAGGAAAUGGUUGAGCUUGGCACGAGCGCGCGGGAUAUAGUUUCCAGCACGCAGAGUGGGAACCCAGCAGCAUUCGACCAGUUUCAAUCGCGUGCUUAG